GAACCCGAGGACCCGUAUGUCCGGGUUCUCCGCGGCGGCCAAGAUGGCGGAAGGGGAGGCGUACGAGUCGGUGCUGUGCGUGAAGCCGGAGGUCCACGUCUACCGCGUGCCGCCUCGCGCCUCCAACCGCGGCUACAGAGCUGCAGAGUGGCAGCUGGACCAGCCAGUGUGGAGUGGCCGGAUGCGCAUCACGGCCAAAGGAAAUGUGGCUUACAUCAAGCUGGAGGACAAGAACUCAGGAGAACUUUUUGCCCAGGCACCCGUGGACCAGUUUCCUAGCAUUGCUGUGGAGGGUGUGACAGACUCCAGCCGAUACUUUGUCAUUCGGAUUGAGGACGGGAAUGGGCGCCGGGCGUUCAUCGGACUGGGCUUCGUGGACCGAGGCGAUGCCUUCGACUUUAACGUGGCGCUGCAGGAUCACUUCAAGUGGGUCAAGCAGCAGAGCGAGCUGGCCAAGCAAGCCCAGAACGCAGACCAGGGGCCCAAGCUGGACUUGGGCUUCAAGGAGGGGCAGACCAUCAAGCUCAGCAUUGCGAACAUGAAGAAGAAGGACAGCUCUCAAGGCAGCAGGACACGAACAGCAGGCCUGGGGAGCCCCAGCCUCCUUCCCCCGCCUCCAGGAGGCAAGACGCCCCUGGCGCCCCGGCCCGCGGAGCAGCUCCUGAUUCACCACCCAGAGUCCCUGGGAAACGCUGCCCGAGCAGACGUGUCCGUGUCACGGCCACCCCAUCCCGCAAGCUCCACUGCCGAAGGCGCUGCUGACAUCUGGGGAGACUUCACCAAGGCAUCUGGGUCUGUUAGCGGCCAGAGUCAUCAGGGCUCUGGCUGGGUCCAGUUUUAAGCAGCCAGGGUGUCUUGUGCUGCUCUCGCCUGGUGGCCAAGGAGCGAUCCACCGGUGCUUUCCUCACGGACCAAAGAGGCCUGGAAGAACGGCUCUCGCUCAGGGUACUUCAAGAAAUCUGUUUCGGACACUUUGCUUUGGUCAUUAGGGGUGAGGGGGGUGGGACCGCAGAACCCCCCCCCCCUCCAAAUGAGGUCACUCUGCACACUUGGGGAGGAUCCUUUCUUGUUCCCCAGAAACUCCAAGAGGGAGCUUUUUUCCUGCACUCAAAUCAACUGAUUGACCGCAAGCCUGGAAGUGGGUUCGGGAGCAGCCCAGGCAUUCUUGGAGAAGAAACCCCGGCAGAGCUCUUGCAUCUCAAUGGAAGGUUCCCCUCUUCUUUUUGCUUCCCACCCUCUUGCAACUUUUCACUGACUGUGGAAGAAGAGGACAGAAUUCCUGGAGAGGGAGUGGGUGUGGGGGGGUGUGUGUGUGUGAGAGAGAGAGAGAGAGAGAUCUGGAAUGCCCUUGCCUUUAGGACAGGCACUGGGUAGCCCUGGGACAGAGUGACAGGCGAGCCCUGGCUGCUUCCCACUUCCCAGCUUGAGGGAUUGCCAUGGGGCGGUGGCUGUGGUGAACUGAGCUGAGCAGCAGCAGCAGUGCCUGGCAGGGAGUGAGGGUGGCUUCCCUCUGCUAGCUUCCCUGCACUGUGUUGUGUUCUGAAGUGUCUUUCUCCCCACCUCUUGCCCACCGGCCUUCUCUCCAAAGGGGAAAAGGGUGUGAGCAGGGGCGGUUCGUGCUCUCAGGUAGCCUUCUCUUGUGUGAAGCUCUUCCCAUUCCUUGUUUCUGUGACUUUAAAAAGCCUUAUUUUUGAAGAGAAUCCAGGCUUUCUUUUCGUUGUGCAGGAAUUUGACCUGUGAAGCGUUAGGUGUCUUCUGGGCCAUGUUAAGGAACUGGACUUUGAACUGUGUUGAACUGCAGCUUGCAAGCAGCAAGCCCUUGACAUGCACUCUGUUCCUGCUGAGGCGGAGGCCUCGGAUGACAGGUUUUCCUAUAAGCAACUUUGUACUGUUUUGUCUGCCUUUUGUAUUUUUGAAGUGGCUCAUAAUUAAAAUAGUUAUAUCUA